GCUAGGGCUAGCAUUGUGUAACACGAGCAAUUGCACUCCAGUGACAUGGAAGACGAGACAUGUUACGCGAUACCAGCUCCUGAUCUCCUCCUUUUUUUCUUCUUCGUCUGUAGCAUCGACAUUGACCAGUCAGACUAUGUGCAGAAGAUCUGAGCGGAUGAUGAGGCUCAUAUACGCAAUACUGGCGUCCGUCCUGUACGACAUCAGGCCUGCAGCAGCAAUGUUGGCUGGCCCACAAGUGGCCGCAGUCGAGUACUGCUUUGGCAGGCGGCUAUAUCACGCCGUGUGCAGCAGCGCAGCUCUCCUGGACGGCUAUUCGCAUACUUUUUCGCUUGGUGCGACCAGCCAAGAGACCUUCUACAUUUUGCGUAUCCAGCCAGGGCGAAGGCUUGGAGCAAUCGCAUGCAAGGAUGCGAAAGGUCUGUGGGGCGUCACACCAGACUGUGAGGUUGUUGCCGUCAAGGAGGCGGGUCCUGGCGGAUGGAUAUAUGAAAUCGCAGCUGUCAAGUCAGUUCCGACCGGCAUAGUGCUAAGCCCAUCAUCGGAUACCGUUUCUGCUGCGGCGGCCGUCUGCUGUUCGAUCCUAUGGAGCUCGACUGGCAUGGCGGGAUUUCCUAAGAAAGCGUGGAAAAAUGACGAGGCAGAAGUGACGAUGCUCUGCGGUCCUGGCAAGGACACAAGCAUACUCAUACCGAUGCUACCAGGACUGACAUGUGCAGACUUCUUCCCGAGGGACGUUGAGAGCAAGGACUGCGAGAUCGUCGGAGGACCGAUCCGGCCUACUUGGGAGGUAAAGCGACACGACAACACUUGCGAUUGGAGUCAAGACGAUUCGUAGAAGUCCCAUCGUCUAUCAGAAGUCUGACGAAUGCAGCCAGCGGCUCGUCCAUGGGGGCUCUCAACGAGUCGAGUCAAUUGUGAGAAGAUGCGCACGGUCUGCCCUCGUCGAUCAAGUACUGAGCAAGCUACUAUGAUCCCUGUCGAGAUGAAGACGGGUUUAAGAGCACUCCAAACGCCACGGCC